AUGCAAUUAGCGGCUUCUGCCGUAUUGCUGCUUUUACUAACGACUUUUGGAGCAUUCGCAAACAAGUUGUGGUACAAACCGGGAUGUCAUCGAGUUGGACAUACCCGCGAAAUAAGCAUUCCAGGCUGUCGCAAAUUCACAGUGGCGACACAUGCCUGUCGCGGUUUCUGCGAAUCCUGGACGGUUCCGUCCAGACACGGAACCUUGGGUCCAUUACAUUCAAUAACUGUCCGUAACCAGCAAUUAGUGAGCGUCGGUCAAUGCUGCAAUAUCAUGGAUACAGAAGAUAUUGAAAUUCCUGCAGCCUGUUUGGACGGUCAAAAAAUUGUAACAUUUAAAUCUGCUACAAGUUGCUCGUGCUACCAUUGCAAAAAAGAAUGA